AUGUCACCUUUCGAUAUUUGGGAGAAAUUUUUGCGUGAUCAUGAUCUGCCAGAAUCAUUCAUCGCCAAUUUACGUGAGAAUUGUACGGAUAUAGUGAGGAAUGAAUCGGUUUGUGAACAGAUUCUCCAUUUGUUGGACAUCAUAUAUGGUCCGUGCGGCGAUUUUCCAAAAUUUAUUUUCCCCGAUUUUCCAACUUCAUUUACAGUAACCGUGACAAUACUUUAUGUAAUUGUUUUUAUUGUUGCUGUUCUGGGGAAUUCUGCUGUUGUCAUAAUCUUAGUGAAAUUUCGCCGUAUGAGAACUGUGACGAACAUAUAUUUAUUGUCACUGGCGUGUUCGGACUUGGCUUUAGCAGUUUUCUGUCUUCCUUUUGAUGCCUUAUAUUCAUUGACGACGAAUUGGCCGUUUGGUGAGGCAAUGUGUAAAAUAUCACGGUUUGUCCAGACUUCAUCGGUCGCUAUUAACGUGCUGACUCUUACGGCAAUUGCCGCGGAUCGACACAUUGCCAUCGUGUAUCCAAUCAAAGCCAUACGACUGCGCACAAACCGACGAGCGGUUGUGUUACUUACCGUAAUAUGGUUUGUGUCGGCGCUGAUCAUGUCACCGUUGUUGUUUGUUUACGGAACUAGACAAAUCUGCGAAUCGAAUACGGUAGAUAACAUGCAUACUACCUGCCAAGAAAUGUGGUCAACAAACGCAACAAUCCACAACACUUUCGAAGAGACAUUUCAAACAACAGGUACUCUUGUCUAUUCAGCGGUACUCCUGGUGUUGCUGUGGGUUGUACCUCUUCUUAUCAUCGGUGUUGUCUACGUUCGUAUCGCGCACUGUUUGUGGACUCGACAACACAUCGGCGAUGGGCCUGAUCGUGACGUAAAGGCUGAUCAAAGCCUCAAACAAAAGAAGAAGCUCGUUAAAAUGUUAUUGAUUAUUUGGCUGUUAUUUGCGGCGUGCUGGGGACCACAGUUUCUGUUCAACGCUGUUAGAGACUUCACGUACAACUUCCAUAAUUUAGGGGAUUCAGGCUGGACUUACAUCACCUUUACAGUAUUGCGACUGGUUGCCUAUAGCAACUGCUGCUGUAAUCCGAUUAUCUACCACAGAAUGAGCGAUACGUUUAAGAAGCAUAUGCGGGCUGUUGUCGGAUGCUGCAAAUGUUGCCGAGGAAGUGAAGUAACUGACGCUAGUAUCUCUGUAUCGCAACACUGA